UGGGCUUGCAGGGAACGAUUGUCUAAGAAUCUGUAAAAGAGAAAGCGAAAGAUGACUCAAAGACAAAGUACUUUGAAUCCUUUUAUAUGUGAUGAUGAUGAUGAUGGUGAGAUAAGAAAAGGAUUCACUUCUAGAGAAGAGAAGAGAAGGGAGUGAAAGAAAAAGAAGAGAAUGUCUCCGAUUGGAUUACCUCCUGGUUUUAGGUUCCAUCCAACUGAUGAAGAGCUCGUCAAUUAUUAUCUCAAGAGGAAAGUCCAUGGCCUUAAGAUUGAACUCGACAUUAUCCCCGAAAUCGAUCUUUACAAAUGUGAGCCUUGGGAGUUAGCAGAUAAAUCAUUCUUACCAAGUAGAGAUCCAGAGUGGUAUUUUUUUGGACCACGGGAUCGAAAAUAUCCGAAUGGAUUCAGGACGAAUCGAGCAACUCGAGCUGGAUACUGGAAAUCAACAGGGAAGGAUCGGAAGGUUACUUAUCAGAAUCGAGCCAUUGGAAUGAAGAAAACAUUAGUCUAUUACAGAGGUCGAGCUCCUCAAGGGAUCAGAACAGAUUGGGUCAUGCAUGAAUAUCGGUUAGAUGACAAAGAAUGCGAAGACACCAUGGGUAUUCAGGUUGAUACUUAUGCUUUGUGUCGUGUUUUUAAGAAGAAUGGCAUAUGUAGCGAAAUUGAAGAGCAAGGGCAAAGUAGUUUAUCACUAAUUGAGAGUUCUCAAAGGAUAAUCAAUGAUUAUGAAACUAUGUCACCAGAUGUGCCUGUUGGAUCAUCAUCAUCAUACAUUGAAGAUGAAGAUAAAGAAGAUGCAUGGAUGCAGUUCAUUAGAGAAGAUGCAUGGUGUUCUUCUAAUUCCAAUAUAGGUAGUGAAGAUGCAUCAUAUGUUGGAUUCUCAAAUAAUUAAAGUUUGUGAUAUUGGCUAAUGGGUUGAGAUCGAAUUACAUAAUUGGAU